AUGCGGAGAGGGUGGUGUUCUUUACCCUCUUUCAUCAUUCCCAUUUCUUCUUCCUCAACCAUCCUCACGCUUUUCAUUGCAAAUAAAUUCCAAAGCAAAACCAAGAGGUUUUCUCACAUCGCACUCCAAUGGCCACGCGAAAGCUCAUUCGCGAUUUCCUCCUCUCCAGGCGAUCUCUUCUUCUUCCUUCUCCUCGCCACCACCACCUCCUCCAGGUUCCAUUCUGGCUGGAAUAGGAGUAGAAAGUUACCUUUGGAUUGGGAAGAUAGCCGGAGAUACAGCGUCUUCAAUGACUUCUCUAGCAAGAUUAAAGGCGAAGCUGUUAGAAACCAAGAAUUCCAACAGUCUGUCAAGGAGCUGAAGGAAAAAGCAGAUGAGCUUAAAGGGGUAAAAGAAGAGCUGAAAGAAAGGACAAAGCAGAAAACCGAGAAGCUGUACAAACAAGUGGAUGAAGUGUGGACAGAGGCUGAAGCUGCUGCAAAGAAGGUUUCUUACAAUGUUAAAGAGAAGAUUUCAGCUGCAACUGAGGAGGUGAAGGGAACUUUUGGGAUAGGAAAGCAGGAUUCUUCUGGAUCAACUGAUUCUUCAACUAAACAGGGUGCUGAUGUAAAUGGAGGAAGUAAGACAUCAUCUCACGAAGAGAAAAACCAGCAUUCUGCUUCUAGUAAUGCUGCAGAUUCAUUUUUUGGCAAAAUUAAAUCAACUAUUUCCUCUCCAAAUGUUUCUGCUGCCUUCCAAAAAUUGAAGGAUGCAAAGUUAGUUGACAUAACCAAGAAAGGUUAUGACAUAGUGAAAGAGGAGUUAAGUAGUACCCCGACAAAGAGAAAACGUGUUCCUUUCACAUCAAGUGGUGAAACAAGUUCAAGGACAGAACUUGUUGUUAUGCCAUCUAAACAAUCUUGGUGGAGUAAGAAGUUUGAUGAGUUCAGGGAGAAGGUGAAAGGCCAUCCAGUAUCCAAGCGAUUCAUUAAGUAUAGUGACCCAGUGAAGACAAAGGGCCAGGAGAUAGUAGAGGAUUUGCGUGAGAGAUAUGAGACCAGUGAUAGCCCCAUUGUUCACAAAAUACAGGAUAUCAAUGAUAGUAUGUUUCAAGAGACAGAUGCCGCAAUUUCUUACAAGGAAAUACGGCAACGUGAUCCUUAUUUCUCAUUACCAGAAUUUGUUGGGGAAGUACAAGAAGCAAUAAAACCAGUGCUUAAUGCUUACAUCAAGGGAGAUGUUGAAACAUUAAAGAAGUAUUGUAGCCCUGAGCUGGUUGAACGUUGUAAAGCGGAGCAUCAUGCUUACAAAAGUCAUGGCAUAUUCUUUGAUAACAAGAUUCUGCACGUAUCUGAGGUGGAUGUAAGAGAGAUCAAGAUGAUGGAUUCAUCUCCAGUAAUUAUUGUAAUGUUUCAAACACAGCAAAUCUAUUGUGUACGUGAUAGGAAUGGGGCAAUUACAGAAGGAGGCAAGGAUACAAUCCACACUGUAUACUAUUUUUGGGCAUUACAACAAAUGGAUCAAGAAGAUCGUGGAGAAGAUGGCAUUUACCUAAUGUGGAGACUAAGAGAGAUGCAACAGCAAGGCAUCCAAGCCCUCAUCUAG